UUUGGGAAGAGAGAGAAAAAGGGAAAGAGAGAGGACAUAACAACAAGAAAAGGAAGAAGAGGAAGAAGAUGGGUGAAAUUGCCGGGACAAUGACCAAGAAGAAGAAGAAAAAGGGACGUCCUUCUCUUUUAGACCUUCAAAAACGCUCUCUCAAGCAGCAGCAGCGGCAGCAGCAACAACAACAACAACAAAACCCUAAUUUCAAAAACCCUAAUUCCCUCAAUGCCUCAUAUUUAACUUCUCACCGCCGAUCCACUCGCCGGAACCCUAAUCUCGAUUCUAAGGAGUGGGUUAGUGGCGGAACCGACGACGACGACGACGAACGCAAAGAGAAGAAGCACAAACUUUUGCUUGGAUUGAAUUCCCAGCAAAACGACAACAAUAACAAUCACCAUUACCCAAUUGCCUCAGCCAAUUCCCUGGGUCUUAACUCCUUAUACGUCUCUGAUGGUGAUAAGCCCGAGGCGGCCCUUAAGAAGCCCAAGAUCAGCGCUGCCCGUCUCGGAUCUGAUGAAAUGGGUGAUAAGGCUUCGAAAGCGACAGACACUCUUCAUGAUUGUGGCAUUUAUAUGUCUACAGAGUCACCGGUGGAGCCUGGCCCCACGACUCCUUUGCCAGACAAAAAGUUGUUGGUCUUCAUUCUUGACAGGCUUCAAAAAAAGGAUACUUAUGCAGUGUUCUCUGAGCCUGUGGAUCCUGAAGAGCUUCCUGAUUACCAUGACAUCAUUGAGCAUCCCAUGGACUUUUCAACUGUGAGAAAAAAGCUAGAUGGAGGAGUUUAUGUCAGCUUGGAACAAUUUGAGAAAGAUGUUUUCCUAAUAUGUUCAAAUGCAAUGCAGUACAAUUCUCCAGAUACUAUUUAUUUCCGACAGGCACGAUCCAUUCAAGAGCUUGCUAAGAAGGACUUCGAAAACUUGAGGCAAGAUAGUGAUGAUGGCGAACCCCAACCAAAAAUUGUUAGGAGAGGCAGACCACCAGGAAAGCUGAAAAAGUCACAUGAGAAGUCUCCUUUUGAUCGUGUUGGUCCUGAAUGUUCGUCAGAGGCAACUCUUGCCUCUGGAGGGGAUAAUCCCAACUUGUCUACUGGCUACAAUCUCAGAAGAACCCAUUCAUACAAGUAUCAGCCUGCAGAUGUUCUGGUCAGAACCUCUCAUGGCAGUGAAACAUAUGCUACUUGGGUAUCUGAAUGGGAAAAUGAAUUUCCAGCUUCCGUCCUGAAGGCUGUUCUUAAGUAUGGGAAGAAACCAUAUGCAGUAGAUGAGAAUAGGCGUGACACUUAUCAUCCAUUGGCUUCCACACAUGAGCCAUCAUCUUUGAAUAUCUUUGAAGGAGAACUGAAGCAACUGGUGACGGUGGGUUUAAACUCGGAGCAUGGUUAUGCAAGGAGUCUAGCUCGAUUUGCUGCAGAUCUUGGGCCCAACAUUUGGAAAAUUGCAUCAAAGAAAAUUCAGAAUGUGUUGCCAACAGGACUUGAGUUUGGUCCUGGGUGGGUAGGGGAAGAUAAGGUGGUUGAGGGGCACCAGCUGUUAUCUUCUGAUAGGUUGAAAGCUCCAAAAAAUUCUGUAUCUAACAACCAUUUAAACAGACUUAAAUCUUUUACUGCUAGUGGCACAAAUUCUACUGUUACAAGUCGAUGUUCAGGAUGGAGUGGAGAAAACAUGGUGGAACAUAUUGGGGGAUUAAGUUGCCAAAGCGAGUUAAGUUCACUAAACAACAGUGCUGGUAGAAUAAAGAACCCUAUAUCAUCUGUUCAAGUUCAGCAGAAAUCCACAAUUCACACUGAUAUAAAUGGUUUUAGUGGGGGACAUGGAUAUAAUAACUGUUCACCUCUAGUGGAGACGGCAAGAUUUGGAAUACCAGGAAACUCCAGUCUGGAGCAGACUACGGGUUCGUCCCAAGUAUUUGGCAUGGUUCCAACUACCAAUUCUAGUUUUUCACCGAUGCCAGGCAAUGAUUUUAUAUCGAAUAAAGUGAAGUUGGCAGAAAUUUCAAGUGGAUUAUUACAGUCAGGAAAUUGUUCAGCUCAAGGUUCUAGCCCUGAGUCGCAGGCAUUACUCAAUGCAGGGAUCAGUGGCAAAUCAUCUUGGCAUGGAUUAUCACCAUAUCAUCAACAAGAUUUCUUUCAACUUCCACCGGACCUGAAUGUGGGAUUCUUGUCACCAACUUCGCCCAGUUCUAGCAUACCAAUUGGUUCACCACAGCAGCCAGAUUUAGCAUUACAGCUGUGAGUGUGGUACAUUGUUAGGCUUCGAGAUUUGUUCUGAAACAAGAAUAAGAAGAGAUUCACAGAGCAGCGAGUCCUCUUAUUGAGUUAGGAUGGGUUGCUGAGUAAUCCCUUAUUGGUUCAUAACAUCAGAAGAAACGGUAGGAGAAGAAUUUGUACAGAUUAAUGAUAUUAUUUUUUUUCAACUUUUAUUUUAUUUUUUUUUUAGGUACAAAAACCACAGCUUUAUUAUACAAUGGUACAUUUGAAUUACUAAUUUGGCCAUACUUUGAAGAAUUCUCAUAUUUAAAAAGAUAGAUAUGUUAGAUUGUAUUAAUUGGUUUGAACUCCAAAUUAAUGUUAUGCAGGAAGGAAUAUACAGUAA